AAAUUUAUAUUUAAUUUGAAUACAUCGCAGUAUAUCCAUAAUGGUUUUACGUUCAGCCUAUCCAGAUGUCAUCAUUCCAAAUUUAUCGUUUUCUGACUACAUGUUGAAAGCGAUGAACGACAAAAGGGACAAGAUUGCAAUCGUAGAUGCUCCUACUGGAAGAGAACUGACCUUCGGUGAUGUGGUGGACGGAGUCAUAAAAUGUGCAAGCGCACUCAACAAACGAGGACUGAAAAAGGGUGACGUAAUGGCCACGUGCGCGUCUAAUAGUCCCGAAUAUCUUAUUGCCAUCAUUGCUGCUGCUGCAUGUGGAGCUGUCACCACAACAUGUAAUCCUAGAUAUACCGCAAGUGAAAUUGAGCAUCAGUUCAAGAACUCUGAACCUAAAAUUGUUUUCACGAUUCCCGAUAACGUUGAAAAAAUAAAAGAAGUCGCAAAAUCUGUGAAAAGUAUAAAGGAAAUCUAUUCGAUUGGUGAGGCAGAUAGUGUCGAAACCUAUUCUUCAAUGAUGAAAGAAGAAAAAGGAGAAGCCUUCCCCAGGCCAAAAAUAGACCCCGAGGAAGAUCUCGUCUUGCUGCCUUACUCAAGUGGAACAACGGGAUUGCCAAAAGGUGUGAUGAUAACACAUCGCAACAUAGUUGCAUGUUUGACGGUCGCUAGAAUGACUCACAUGUACCCAACAGAUUGCAAGUACACGCCUCUGCCUCUGUUUCAUUUAUUGGGUUUAAUAUCAGCAUAUUCAGCAUUAGAUGACGGAAUCAAACAUGUCUUGGAAGUUAGAUUCGAUCUUCAACGCAUGUUUGCUGAUAUAGAAAAGCAUAAGGUUACAAUAGCAGUCGCCGUCCCUCCUGUUAUAUUAGCGAUGGUUCAUUCCCCGCUGAUUGAUAAAUACGAUCUUUCAUCCCUACGUGAGAUAUACAGUGGAGCAGCACCGUUGUCCAGAAAGAUUGCCGAAGCCUUGACUAAGAAAAUUGGAUGCAAAGUCACGCAAGCGUGGGGAAUGACAGAAGCGGCUCCUAUUUGUCACCACAAUGCUCUUGUCACUCCGAUCGAAUCCGUGGGAGAAGUCGGAGUUAAUACAAAAGUUAAGAUUCUCGACGUGGGGACAGGGCAAGAAGUCGGCGUAAACCAAGAUGGUGAAAUAUGCUUAAAAGGGCCUCAGGUUAUGAAAGGCUACUACAAGAACCCUGCCGCCACCUCUGCAACUAUAGACACAGAUGGUUGGUUACAUACAGGUGAUAUCGGUCAUUAUGAUGAAAAUGGAAUGAUUUAUAUAAUCGAUAGAUUGAAAGAAUUGAUCAAAUACAAAGGAUUCCAAGUUGUACCAGCUGAGAUAGAAUCUGUUCUACAUGGUCAUCCAUUAAUUACCGAUGCAGCAGUAGCAGGAAUACCUGACGAGGAAUGCGGUGAAUUGGCGAGAGGAUUCAUUAUAAGGAAAGAUCAAUCUUUGACUGAAAAGGAGAUCCAUGAGUUCAUGAAAGACAAACUAGCUAAGUACAAGCAGCUACAUGGGGGAAUCGAAUUCUGUGAUUCAAUUCCUAAAUCACCGACUGGAAAAAUUAUGCGAAGAACUCUGAGGCAGAAAGCAGUUGAAGCAAAUUCUUGAAAAAUUAAAAAAAAAUUUAAGAAAGGAUUUCAUCUCCCCAGUGAUAUCUGAUAUAAUAUAGCUUAUUAUCAGACGCUGAUCAAUUUCAAUACAAAGUUUCAUGAAUAGGUGAAAAGCUUAGUUUUUACCACUUUCCCAUUUUUCACAAUUUGAUCGCUUUUCCUCUGUCUUACUGUUUUAUAUACUUGCCGUAUUUUUAAAGUCAAUAGUUUUCUUCAACUCAAUUGUGAAUUAAAUUUUCCCGAACUAAUGUAUUUUGAUGCGGGGAUUCCGGACAAUUUCCGAAAUUGGUAUAGAGAACGUACGUUUUCCACGUAACAAACAAAAUUUUAUUCGUCAUUUAUUCUUUGUUAAUCAAACUUGUCAUUGUUCCGUAUUAUUUAAUAAUUAAUAUUAUAACUAAUCGAAGUAUUAUAGUACAAUACAAGCGAUAUACAAUAUAGAAAUAUUUGAUAUAUCGGCCAGUAAUGCCUGAGCUCUCAA